AUGGCUACGAUGAAUAGUGAUCUUCUGAUCACGAAGACGACGGUGAUUCUCGAUCAACCGUCAGAUUGGCAGAAGUGGAUCUUCCUGCGCAAAGAUAGCGCGCAGCGGAACGAUCUAUGGGCGUACGUUAACCCUAACGUUGCGACAGAAACAGUACUCAAGCUCGAAGAUGAGAAGCCUGCGAAGAAAGAAGCAGGAGUUUUCUACGGACGAGGCCGAACGGCCGGCAUGGUUUACGACCUCGAGCAUCUCGAUGAGCACGAAUACCGGAAGUACUCAGCCUGGUACACUAGUUACCAGAAGGAACUAACAAAGUUCGAAAAGAAAGAACUCGCUUUAAGGCAGUUCAACAGCGAGAUCGCGACAACGAUCUCAGAGCGUCGACUUCAUUGGAUCAUGAAUCUAGAUACCAGAGAUGUCCAGAAGGAACUAACAAAGUUCGAAAAGAAAGAACUCGCUUUAAGGCAGUUCAACAGCGAGAUCGCGACAACGAUCUCAGAGCGUCGACUUCAUUGGAUCAUGAAUCUAGAUACCAGAGAUGUCAACAAGCAAGUCAAGCUGGCUUGA